CAGUGUCCUGUAGGCUGCUGUGUAGGACCCACACACCUGAUCGUGUUGUUUCAGCUGGUGUUCUGCACUCACCUUCAGUGUACGCUCCACUAUGGACCGCAAAAGGGAUGACUGGCCCUGGACAAAAGAUGAUGGAUGACAGGAGAACUAUGAUGCACAUCCUUGAUGAGCCCCAAAUGCGUAGAGAAGAGCAGAGACUUCAAACCUUUCAAGACUGGCCCGAGGACGCUCCUGUGACAGCAGGGGACUUGGCCAAAGCAGGCUUCUUCUUUCUAGGCCACAGAGACAAAGUUCAGUGCUUCUGCUGUGGAGGGAUUUUAAAGUGUUGGGUACAUGGGGACAGCCCAGCUUCUGAGCAUAAGCGGCAUUUCCCGACUUGUUGCUUCAUAAUGGGCCAAGCUGUGGGGAAUAUUCCACUCCAAGCAGACUCCUCUGACUCUGUGGAUGGGCAGCUCUUAAGUCAGAUCCAAAGGAUGACCAUGGAUGAUCAGGGAACAGCUGGACAAGCCAUCUAUCCUGAGAUGGAGGCAGAAGACUCUCGACUCACCACCUUCCAUAACUGGCCGACUGAGGCCUCAGUACAGCCCGAUGUUCUCGCCAGAGCAGGAUUUUUCUACACAGGUCAUGGUGACAAUGUCAAAUGCUUCUACUGUGAUGGAGGGCUGAGGAACUGGGAGCCAGGGGAUGACCCCUGGCAGGAGCAUGCUAAAUGGUUUCCACGAUGUGAGUUUUUAAUCCAGUCAAGAGGGCAGGAGUACAUCAGCAACAUACAGGACACACAUUUCCAUCUGGGAGACACUGUGGGAGGAUCUCAGACUUCAACAGGAGAUUUUGAUUCAAGAAACAAUCUGGUUGGAAGUCGGGGCGCUUCAUCGGCCAUGCUUUCUCCUGUGGCUCAAACUGUGCUUCAGAUGGGCUUUGAAGUGAGCCUGGUGGAGAGUCUGGUCCAGACCAAGUACCUCCUGACAGGCCAGCACUACACGUCUGUGUCUGACCUGGUUACCGAUGUUCUGCAGGCUGAGGAGGACGACCGGCAGAGGGGAGCGGACAGCAGAGAGCCAGAGGUGAGGCAGGCUACGAGUUUUGGAAAUGGGAGAACACCAGCACCUGACCGAAACAGAGUGAAGGAGGGCAGUCCAGAGGAGCUGCUGAGGCAGCUGCAGGAGGAGAGGACCUGUAAAGUGUGCAUGGACAAGCUGGUGUCCAUCGUCUUCAUCCCCUGUGGUCACCUGGUUGUCUGUGAAGACUGUGCUGCCAGUCUGCGUCACUGCCCCAUCUGCAGAGCCGUCAUCAGAGGCAGCGUUCGUGCUUUCAUGUCCUAA